GUACAUGCAGGUUUGUUUAUAGUUCUGUUAGUUAAAUAUUGGUUAAUUUGACAUGCAUUUUUUUUAAAUUAUAUACCAAUCUGGUAGUUUGCACUGUAUAUUAGAGCAAAAGUAAAUUGAGCUGGUGUUUAUGUUCAAGUUUUUCUUCUAAAUUUCACUAAAUUCCAUUAAUAAAUCAAUCUGUUAUCAUGGAAGUAGAAUUUUUGGAAGUGAACAUGUGUGUUGUAUGCUUGAACGAAAAAUGCGAUCUAAUAGCAAUUGGUUUUGACGACCAACUGGAACCUAAUAUUGGCCCAGUUUUGGUGAAACAUUUAUGGUUUCAGCAAGACGAUCUUAACUAUAAAUGUGUUUGUGAAGAGUGUUGGAUACAAGUGAAACAAUUUCACGACUUUUAUAUAGCGAUUGAGAAGACUCAUAACGUACUGAUCUUGGAAAAGAAUGAAUUCGUUAUAAAAACUGAAUUGGCUAAGAUUCCAAUUGAAGAAAUCCAAAUUAUAGAUAAUGCCAGCAUUACACAAGUAGAUAUGCAAAAUGCUGAAAAAAACGAACAGAUCACUGUUGAGAAUAUCGAAGGCUCUGGCAAAGAAGAUAUCCUUACAAUAGAGGAAGAGCACCUGGAGGUCUGCUCGGAGGUUGAUGUUUCCGCGAACGACAAUUCUGACGAUGAUUCCAAUUCUUUUGAUAAAACUGAAAUGAUAAUCGAUAAGAAAGAUGAUUCCAAAAGUAGCGAUAGAACUGAACGGAUCUACCACAAAUCUAUCGCUGAAAUUGAGGCAGAAGAUAAAAAAAUUGUCGAGCAUUGUAAAUUAAAUUGCGAUGAAUGCGAAUCGUCUUUCGUUAACUUCAGCGAGUUCAAACGACAUUUUCGAGAACUUCACCAAACCCGCGCACAUGUGGUAUGCUGUAAUAGGAAGUUUAGCAAACGUUUUCGUCUUGUGGAGCACGUUAUCAGACAUAGGGAUCCUAAUGCGUUCAAAUGUACGGUUUGCAACAAAUCAUAUUCGAACAGUGCCUCGUUAAAUCUACACAUGGCAAACCAUGGUUCUCCGGAAGCAUUUGUGCAUAAGUGCGAUAGGUGCGAUCGCUCGUUUACAAAAAAGUUUCAACUGAAUGCACAUCAGCUUCACCAUAUAUCCAAGGAAGAUAAAAAGUAUAUCUGUACCGUAUGUGAAAAGGCUUAUGCUACUACAAGCCUUCUAAAUGUUCACAUAAGGCUAAGGCACCAACCUACCGAAGAAUAUAUUUGUGAUAUUUGCGCAAAGAGUUUCAAAGUAAAGGCCCAAUUCGAAAAACACCGCAAGGAACAUGAUGGUUUAUAUCAGGAGUCUAGACAGCAGUGCAAAAUAUGCUUUAAAUGGAUGAAGAAUGCCAGUAGCUUGCGGAAACACGUUUUGCGCCACGAUGGGGAAGGUGGUACACACGAAUGUGAUAUUUGCGGGAAACUAGCACCCAACGUACUAGCGCUACAAAGUCAUAUUAGUUUUGUACACAAGAAAGAAAGGUUGUACACAUGUAAUCUCUGUCCAAAGGCUUUCAAGCGACAGUUCUCGCUUAUGGAACACAUGACCACCCACACUGGAGAGGUUUUAUAUCAGUGUCCUUUUUGUGCGAAAACGUUCAACUCAUCUGCAAAUAUGCAUGCACAUAAGAAGAAAGCUCAUCGACAGAAAUGGGAAGAUUGGAAAAGGAGAAGUGAACUGCCCUUUGUCGGAAAAAUCGAGUCGAACCUAAGAUGCAGAAGUGAUAGCUGAGACUACAUCCAACGGUAGUCUGUCAUAUUCGUUCAGUUCAAUAAUUAGUUUAUUAUUGUUGUAAAAAAAUGCAAAUUUGUAUAAAUUAUACUACAACCUAUCGUU